AUGGAAGUAAUGGCGCCAUUGUUCUUCAGUUAGAAGUUUAAGUUUUCAGUGUGUGAAAAGAACCUGUCUCGAGUUUGCACUAUUUCAUCAUGAUGAGGCGGGCGCUCUUGAGUCUCGUAACCAAAACAUCACUGACUGGUAAUAUCGCAGGUCAAACAGCAAGAUUGGCUACACAACAAGUUGAACCUUCAAGAAUGGAAAAAACAUUAAAUGAAGUCACAUUGUUGGGUCGUGUUGGUGGGGAACCUCAAAAGCGAGGUACAGAAGAGCAUCCCGUUGUUAUAUUCUCCCUUGCAACACAUACAAAUUACAAAUAUGAUACAGGUGAGUUUGUUCAGAGGACAGAUUGGCAUCGGAUCUGCGUAUUCAAACCAACAUUACGGGAUACAGUUUAUACCUAUCUCAAGAAGGGACAGAGAGUUUAUGUCUCAGGAAGACUUACAUAUGGUGAAAUCAAGGAUGAAGCUGGAAAUCCCCGUACGACAACAGCUAUUGUAGCAGAUGAUGUUAUAUUCUUCCAGAGUGAUUCAUCAUGACCUGGCAUUAAAAUAAUUACAGCUGUAAGAAAUUAUGAAGUCUGAAGAAAACAAGCAUUAUACACUAAGGAUUUCAAAUCACUUGAGCAAGCAAAUUGAAGUACCUAAUUAAGAGGUUAUUCAGUUAUAGGUUCUGAAAUUAAAGUUAUUAUUAAACCAAAAUGAACACAUACAUUAUAUCUCAAGUCAUUAUCUGAUAUUGGCGUUUAAAGUUUAAGUAGACGAGGUAUUUGUGUGCUUAGGUGUUAUGUGAUUUUCUUUCUUUAUUGCAAGUGUUUUUGACAGAGCUGCUGCAUUUCUUUGACAAAUAAAUUUAGUGUAAUGCAAAUAUAUCAGGAUUUUAUCACAUUCUGUUUCCAACCAGCAUUUAUAAUAUCAUCCGCAAUGAGUUUUUGUUUGCUAACUCGAUGAAGGAACUUUUACAUCACUUUAUGUAUCAAUAUUUUUCAACCUACAGAGGAAAUAUUUCUAGUUCUAACAUCUUUCUUACUGAGACUUGCAGUGAUACAUGAUAAAAUAUAACUGUACUGGGAAUUUAAAUUUGAAUUGUUUUUGUAUCAGUAUCUACAUGUUAGGCAAGAGUUAGUACAUACUCGAUUUCUUUUUUAUUUCCAUAUUUAAGGAAUAUUGCAGAAACAACUCAGCACAGGAAAUGUAAAUGGGAACUAUUCAGCAGUUACACCUGAAAGCGUUAAUAUGAUUUUUCUAGUAAUAAUUUAAUUGUAUAAAUACUGUGAUGAUCUGAAACUUUCACUAAGCUAGUUUGCAGUGAUGUACGAGUAAAGCUGUUUUGUAUGUGCAUGUUUGUAAGGACUGGAGCAUAAGGACAAAAUGUAUAAAGAAAGCAUUUUAUAUCACUCAUAAUAAAGUACUCUUUACUUAGUUUUACCAUACCAAGCUGUUGCUUAUUUACAGCCUUUACAGGAAAAUAAUGAUUUUCAGUUUUAUCAUUUGUACAUAUUUUUCUCUUCACAAGUAUGAGAUCUUUCUUCAUUGUCCUGUUUUGCAAUAACGAACAUAUAAAGUUUUAAUCUGGUUUCUUUCAUUAUGAUCAAAUUCACCCUAAACCCAGCUGCCUGAUUACACCAACUAUUCCCCCCCCCAUUGUCAUGGGUAAUUCUUUUAAGGAAUGCAAAGCAGUUGCACUGCCAUAUCUACAAUUUCCUGUCCAUUUU